AUGGAGAAAGAAGGAGGACUGCUCGAAGCUGGGGUUGUGAACCAGCCACUGCCUUCGAAGGAGGAGAUGAAGGAAGCAUUAAGGAGAAGCGCUCUGGAAAUCUUGGAUCCUAAGGAAACUGCUAACGCAGAAUCCUAUGAGGGACCCAUCAGGGUCGCUUUGGAGGAAGAGGCGGUGGAGAAACAACCUGAAGUUGCUGAAGAGAAGAAAAAGAAGAAGAAGAUCAAGGAAAAGAGAGCUGAAGAAGAUGAGGAAGCCCAUCCAAUCAAGAAGAAGGAAAGGAGGACGGAUGAGAAGAAAGAAUGUAGGCGGGAGGAGAGGCGCUUGAAGAAGGAGGAAGAGAGGAGAAAGAGGGCUGAGAUUCCAGAAUUGGAUGGAGAAUCCACCUCCGUAAGGGGGGAUAAGGGGGAGUCAGUGCAACUGAGAGAAUCAGUGCAACCCGAGGAGGAAACAAUGCAACCCGAGAAGAUGUAG